AUGGCACCAAAAAAAAGGAUGCUCUCAUUAAAGGAAAAGAUGGAAGUUGUUAACGUAUUAGACAGAGAAAGUGUUUCAGUUCGUCAUUAUGCAAAGAGGUUUAAUAUUGGGAAAACGCAAGCAACUGAAAUUGCCAAAAAUAAGGAAAAUAUUAGGAGUAAAUGGCAAUCAGGAACUAAUAUAAAUCAAAAGAAGGAUUUUUUAAAAAAGGAAGGUUUUGCUAUAAACAAAACAUGUUUUGAGUGGUUUGUGAAAGCUAGAAGUCAGAACAUUCCAAUCUCAGGACCGUUAGUGAAAAUAAAAGCUAAAGAAAUCGCCAUUACUUCGGGCUAUAAUAAUUUCAGUGCGUCCGACGCCGACGGGUGGCUGCAAAAGUGGCGCAAGAGACAUAGUGUGAGUUUCAAAUGCAUAUCUGGCAAAGCUGCUGCAGUAAAUCAAGUUGAUGUGUCACAAUAUUUGGAGAAACUUCCGUCCAUGUUGCUUGGCUACAAACCAGAAGACGUGUACAACGCAGAUGAAAGUGGACUUUUUUUUCGCGCAUUGCCCGACAAAACUCUGUGCCUUAAAGGAGAAACAUGUGUGGGUGGAAAGUUGUCUAAAGAUAGACUAACCAUUUUAUUCUGUGCAAAUAUGGCCGGUGAAAAAUGCGAUUUGAUUGUGAUCGGGAAAGCGGCUCAUCCCCGUGCUUUAAAAAACGUUGCUAUUAAGGAUCUACCAGCGUCUUGGAAAUCCAACAAAAAGGCAUGGAUGACCCGAGAAAUUAUGUCUGAGUGGUUACUGGAAUUCGACCGGAAAAUGGGAAUCCAAAAAAGAACUGUUUUUGGCAAAGUUGGAUUCAGAAAAAGUGGAUGUAGCUCAGAAUUUGCUGAGCAAAAUUAUUGCGAUGCUGAAGACGAUCUGCCCUUAGCGACACUUGCUCAGUUACUGCGACAUGCCAAACAUUUAGGAGUAGCAGACCCCUAG